AUGGUCUUAGAAGAAGUGACACUACUGAAAGGCAUUCAUGAAGAAGUUGUAGUUAUCAAAGAUGAUUUGGAAGCCAUCAAAGCUUUCCUGAAGGAUGCAGAUUCGAAGGCAGAGAAAGAAGGCAUCAAUGAGAGUGUGAAAGUAUGGGUCAAGCAAGCAAGGGAAGUGGCAUAUCAAAUUGAAGAUGUCAUUGACGAAUAUAUGCUUCAUGUCGCACAGCAUCAUGAGCGACGUGGAUGUGAGAGAAGUGGAGCAUUCCAGUUCAUUUCUUCAGAUCAAGAAGCAUCUAGCAAUGCAAGAAGAGCCAUAUUGCAUGAUCCUGGAAUGGGUUCUCUUUUCAUUAAAGAAGGUGAACUUGUUGGCAUUGAAUCAUCGAGGGAUGAACUGACAAGCUACCUGAUAGAUGGAGCAUCUCAAAGGACGGUCAUCUCAUUGGUUGGCAUGGGGGUGUGGGUAAAACCACUCUUGCUAAAAAAGUAUACAAAAGCUGAAGAAAAUUGGGGUAUUGCUGAUUUCUGUAAGAGAUAUUCAUUGGUUUAUGUCCAUCCGUUGGAACCUCUAAGCCAAGAAGAUUCGUGGGAGUUGUUUUGCAAGAAGACAUUCAAGCGUGACUUUGAAGGGCGAUGUCCUAAGGAUUUGGAAAAAUUAUCCAGGGACAUUGUUGGAAGAUGCGGAGGAUUGCCUCUUGCCAUUGUGGCCAUUGGUGGACUCCUAGCAUGCAAAGAAAAGAUGGUUCUAAAGUGA